AUGGUAUACGACUGGGCUGGGAAGCGGGAAAUCUGCUACACAAUGUACAUCCUGGAGAACAAGGCAUUGGAGGAAAUCAUGCGAUACAUGGGAACAUACCAAACCCAGUUCAAAAGAUGGGGAUUUCCCUCGAAACAGAACCCAGCGCACAAAAACAUUGCGCUCGUGGCUCGGAUCAAGCAGCUAUGGGAACACAAUACAAAUCAGCGAGAUAUGCUCCGGAUCCUCACUGACGAGGGUUUUGACAUUAAGGAGCGCGAGCUCAUGCGCGUCCGAGCCAAAAAUCGCUGGCUUCUCCGCGUACCCAACGGGACCAAGCCACAUGCUCCAGAAUCACCGAGAUACACCCCCGAGGAUGAGGGCCUGCUAGCCCUGCAGCAAGAGGUGUAUAAGAACGAAGAAACUGCCAAUGCCAACCGCGAUUUCCCUAGUGAAUCAGUGACGCCCAAAGGGAAAAGCCCAACACCCCCGGGCCUGUCCACACAGACGCUUGCACGCCGACAGGAGAGACUGGAUCGUCUCAAAUCUGAAAGUGCUGAGAGAUGGGCUUCUCGGAAACGCCGGCGUCGUACUCGUGGUUGGGGUGGAUUGCCGGCAGAUCCUCCAGGGCCGCCUCGAUUUCCUUCGGAGACAACAAUUGACGAGAGCAAACAGUACUUACGGCUUGAUAACAAGAUGUAUCGAGAUCUGAGAGAGCGGUUUCAACAGAUAUGUCAAGAAUCGGGUUUCAUUAAAAAGACGAUUGCAGGCCCAGAGAAGUGGCAGGCGGCGAAAACAAGAUUAGUCCAGGAGAUCCCACAUCUUCAACAACUCUUCGAGGCUGAGCCUACCGAGUGUGAUGCCAAGGCCCUCGCGCUGGAUGUUGUGUGCACGGAUGUGACCAAACGCAUGCGGACGUUGGAGAGACGAAUGACCAUUGCCGAAGCCAAAAAUUCCCUCGGCAUCAAUCCGGAGGAGAGCCGUCAGAUACGGAACGCCUUCUAUGACACAUUGAAGACGGAUCAUUUCACCAGUAAAUUAGAAGCCGGAGACGAGCACUGGCAGGAGCUGAAAGCACAAUGGAUUCGUGAUCAGCCACUCCUCCAGCAGAUUCUUGGCCCAGGAAACACCGACCCACAGCACACAGUCAAGCUGAAAGCCUUGGAAGUCCUUUGUCGUGAUGUAAUGAAGCGCCUUCGUGACGAUCAAUCCAAACGGAACCCUGCGCGGAAGAGCACUCGCGUUAGCUCCGCUUCUCGGAAACAAGCUUCGAGCACUGCGGCCCCGGCACCCAACUUCCUCAGCAACGGAAUCAGCAACGGAAUCAGCACUCUUGCGUCGCAGGCUCUGGCCAGUGCUCCGAUCACUGCUAGUGAAAUCAACGAUAUGCAAAUCGAUCCAUCUCUUCUAGAGGCCGCAAAUGGCCCAUCUACGUUUUCAGCAAAUAGUCCACCCGAGCCUGGAAAUACGUUUGAAUACGUUGAUCCCAUGCUUUCUCCCAGCCUGCUUAACACUACUGUGUCGUUCCAGGGCGGUCUCACGAUAAUAAUGCACCAUUCGAUACGAAGCCUUGGGUCGAGAAGUUAUCCACCAGAAGUUGAACAGAUCAUUGUGACUCGGUACCCAUAUUCCAUAAUCAACAAAAUUGAAGGAGUGCAUAAUGAUGACAAUGGUUCCGAAUCGUAUAUGCCAAUCGGAAGUGAUCAUGAGCUGGAUAUGUAUCUAUCGCAUUGCCACGAAAGAAGACCGCUUUUACUUUUCACCCUGGGGCAGAUUGAAUGA